AUGUCAGGUCAAACCAUAAGAGAGAAAUACCAAUGGUUGGUUCUGGAAGUUACAAGACUUCAGGAUGUUAGUCCUAAGAACACUAUAGAGUUUCAGACUCAAUUAUUGCAUACAAUCAAACAAUUUGAUAUAAUACGGUCCAUGAUAGAUUCUUUGGAUGUAUUCUCUGAUAAUGAAUUUUUCGAAGAGAUAAAUCCUGUUUACUUGCCUUUCUUGAACAUAGAUUACUAUUCAGGUGAACUUAAGUCAAUGGUGAUGAGUGAUGGUCAACAAGUUGGUGUAGAAUUCAAAUUACCUAAUUUGAUCGAAGCAAAGGAGUUUUAUAACCAAUAUCUUCAAAGAUUGAAAUCUAUGGAAGUACUUAAUGUCCAGCAAAUCAAACAAUUAGAUGGUCACACGCUAUCAAGAGAAGACAAAAUAGAAGCUUAUAAGUAUGAAAAGCUGUUGAAAGCGAAGUUAGCCAGUCAGACUGUGAAAGAAGACGAUGAUGAAGAUACUAAAAGAGAUCUUUAUACUGAUGAGAUCAAAUUACUUGUGAUGAAAUGUUUAAACUCCCUUAAUCUCCUUGACAUGGAAAUACAGGUACUAGGUAAUAGGCCCGAACCUAAGAUUCAGGAAAUUCAAUCAGACGACCGUGAAAGAUCUAAAAUUGAUGACGACGGGUUUAGUACUAAACUUGAUGUCAUACCUCAAAAUCUAGCUAUAGGAGAUUUGAUCAAGAAUGGGAAAGUGAUGAGACCUUUCACCAUCACCAGACAAAAUUUGAAGGAUAAGGUUUUCGGAACUGGGCAAGUAUUACCUUCAAUGACAGUUGAGGAGUAUGUUGAUUGGGAAUUAGCUAAUGGUAAAAUGGCUAAACCUGAAGAACCCAAACCAGAAAAAGAUUCUGAUGCCGAAGAUGAAGAAGAGGAAUACAAAGCUAGGGAAUGGGAUGAUUGGAAAGAUGAUAAUCCUAAGGGAAUGGGUAAUACUAUGAAUUUAGGUUAA